AUGGCCAUGAUCGACGUGGCACUCACAGGCAUCCUGUUGAAACUGAUCAACAGGACCCAGCUCAGAGGCAGCAGAUCACACGGAGGCAUCACGCUCGCGCUUGUGAGCCAGCUCCGCUCUUACCAGGAUUGGGCGUCGAGGAACAGAGGCAUCCGGCACAAGUGCACAUUGCGGAUGUGCGGCUUGGUCACACCUCUCCUACGCGUCGUCGGUUUCAUACCUGAUUGGGAGGAGGAGGUCGCACCACCCGAGGGGCUCGAAAUCGAGUACCUGAGGAACAGCGUCUUCCUGCAGAAGACAUCAGACGACAUACAGCUCCUCUACCAGUUCGUUCACGUUCAGCUCGGCGCUUCCCGCAUGUUACUUCCCAGCCCCAGCUGGACCACGAUCAGAGGAGGGUCCAACGUCGAGUUCAACCCACCUCAGUCCGCUCUUUACACUGGAGAUCGACCGUCCGUCAGAGACUACGCCACACCUCCGGCGACCACACACCGCGGUGAUUGGUCACACGCAGAGCUUGACACCACGCAAACGGACGAGCUCGACCAUCUCCACUUCGUGGGCUACACUACCACUGCCAGACAGAGCGCCGGACUGAAGGCGGCUCACCAGCACAUCAGCAUUCUCCAGCGGUGGAACAAGGCGCAAGACAAGAUCACCAGCAAGCUCAAGAGCAAGAGGACCGCAGUCGGUCCACGCCAGGCGGACCUCUCCGAGGAUGACGAGCCACACCACGACACCACUGGAGGUCGGCCACUACCCCCUGACCCGCCACGUCACUCCUCUUUCGAGCCGCGUCAGCAGCGCAAGAGGCGCCACGGAGAGCGACAGACUGCGAGACCAUCAGGCGCACGAGCUGACGCCGACUUGCCAUUCAGGCGAUGCAGCUCUGUCUCCAGACAGACGCCUCCGACGGAUCAUCACACUCCGCCGACGAGGGCUCCACCGGACCAAUAUGUGCCGUACAGCACAGAGCGAGCUGCGCCUACCACCAUCCCUCCAUACACGCAGGAGAGCAUGCAGGAGGACCUCGACGACCUCAUUCACGGACGUCCCUGA